CUUGCAUAUAAGGCAUUGGCAGUAAGCGGUCAAGGACCUUGCAAACACCACAAUCAGACCAGGACUUCCAUACACUGACCGUUAACAGAACAUGGGGGUAUUUUUCCUGAAUUUCCUUAGGGCUUUGAAAGGGCCAACGAAAAACUUACUUCUUAGAACGACACUUUUUUUCGUAUAUCUUCUUUUCGGUGCCGCAGUAUUUCAAACCAUUGAAUCCGGCGAAGAAAGAAGGGAAAAGCAUCAUUUUGAUAUAGUUCGACAAAACCUCAAGGAAAAGUACAACAUCUCUGAGAAGGAAAUGGCAAAUUUGUUUAUGGAAAUUUCCAAGGCAGUCGAUGAGGGCUACUUUGACGUGAAUUACGAUCGCUGGAGUUUCGCUGGUUCGCUUUUUUUCACCGGAACAGUUGUCACAACAAUUGGAUAUGGUAAAAUGGCCCCAGCAACAGUAUGGGGGCGUAUAUUUUGCAUUUUCUACGCCAUAUUUGGAAUUCCGAUCACAGGCCUUAUGCUCAAGUCCAUCGGGGAGCGAAUAACAGAAGGCAUUGCCAAUUUCUUUCGAUUUAUAGAUCGACGAAUAUGUAAUCGCGAUCCACAGUCAAUUCAUAUGAAGACUGUUAUAGCAGUGUUUGUCAUAGUUAUAUCAAUGCUUCUCGUACUAGCUGCUCUAGCAAUGGAGUAUGAAGGGUGGACGUACUUUGAAGGGCUAUAUUUUGGUUUUAUCACGUUAAGUACCAUUGGUUUUGGCGACUAUGUCCCUUCUCAUCCAUCAGAAAACAAAGAUCACCCAGCCUUUGUCAUCAUCUUUACCGUAAUCACCUUUGUAUACUUCACUGUGGGACUUGCUCUAGUGUCCAGUGCUCUUCUAGCGAUUAGCCGUUUGUUUGAGGACGAGCCGCCAUGGGGAUUUAUUUCCUUGGGAAUGAAUCCAGAUGAUGACGAUGAAGAUCGAAUUACGCGACAAAAACUUCAAGCUCAACGACUCGACGCGAAAAAUGAAGCCCGUUAAGUUUACGUUUAUUUUUGUAGAAUAAUCUGUGGGUUUGAGAAACACUGCUGGCCACGAUGUGUCAAUCUUUACCGAGGAACAAACGUAGGGUUUAACGCUCUAUACAAUGUAUUGGCAAGGGAAUCCUAAUAAUUAACACCGCUACAAGCCACUGGAGUCAUUUAAGAAAUUCUGGUUAUUCACACUAAAGAUCUAAUAAUUCUGGGAAAUAUUUUGUUGUCAUGACAACGUUUUUACCGAAUUAUGAAGGUAUUUGCGAAGGUCUGAGUGCAUAUAAGUGUAAUCACCAAAGCUGGGCACUGUUUAUAAAAGAAUUAAUAGGAUGGGAAAAUAUAGAAAAACAAUAAACGAAACUAUACUAAAAACACAGAAUAACAUUCCUGAAACUGAACGUAUAACAAGUGGAUUUACGAGCAACAUGUUACAUGGUAUAAGAAUGGUGCAGAAUCGGUCAAUGGUAAUCUUCAACAGCAAGACGAAACCGAAAUCGCCAGGYCACGUGAAAGUCACGUGWGGGCAUCAAUUCAACGAGUUAAUACAUAGUUUUCUGGUAUGUAUGGGCAAUAUAUUUAUUUUUUGUAUGAGAUGUAAAUAAUUUAUCUGUUAUAUAGUCACGGGUGUCCAUCGGGGGUUUACUGAACUUUUGACGAAGGUUUAAUCGAAAAAGGAUUAAUUUAUUUUAUUUCUAAUAACUUAUAUUAUUAUUUAAUGUUUUGCAACUAACAAUUGAGCUGUUUCGGUAUCGAAUAGUAACUUACUGACUGAGGUGAAGUUUGCAAACUAGGUACUGUUCUGGUGCAUUUUAACAGUGAUCAUACUGAUGUUAAUGUAUUUAUUUUUUUAGAACGUCGUAAGCAAACUAAAAUUUAAUUGCAGAAUAUUCCAUGGUUUGACAUGUAAUCUUCUGAAACUACUAAUCAAAGUAAAACAAAGUACUCCCUUUUUGUAAAGGAGUCUCUCAUUGGAGAGAAGGUUUCUAUUCAUGCCAAACUGUCUUCAGAAAGUAAUCUUUCUGUUUUAAAAAGAUAUGGAAUACUAUUCGGACAGUUUUAAAUCGUUUAUAUACCUGUUUCAAUUGCUAGUGAUAACAGAAAAUCGUCAUUCUGGGACUACCUUCACAGUUUGUCAAUACAAACAUUAAGAAAUGAGUAUGUYGGAGAGGAAGGAUUAUGAAAUUCAAGUGUAAUUUGGCUAUCGGUCUGUAGCCUGCGUCACAUCCGGACAAACUUUCGAACCGAAAGUUUGUCCGGAUGUGACGCAGGCUAUCGUUCUGGAGUUUGACCACUUUCAUUAUCAAAGUCUAUAAAUGAAAUACGUAUAUAUCGAGGAUUAUCAAAAAAUCCACAUCAAUAUCGUUCCAUAUCUGUUAUUCAAAAUAAUUACGAAAGCUAAUAUAUUAUCUUGUAAUGUAUUAUAACAGAGAAUUAUAUAUAUAUUAUUAUUAUUACUAUUAUUAUUAUAUUAUAUCAAGGUAAGGAGCGACUCUGGAAGUUGACUUAUAGCCUCGGGUAAGGCUUACCAAAAUAUUUUUUCGGCUAAUGUGGGAUAUAUGACGUCAUGUUUUCAAGCUAAUUCGAAUGUCUAGUGAAUAUCUUUAUAAUCUCAUUAGAAAGGGUUCUAGUUGUAGCUUUUAGAGUGAAAGCAUAGUGUUUGCAAUAAAAACAUGUAAUGGCAYCCCUGCGCGUGACGCAGAUCCAUAUGGACGACCAAAGGGACGAUUUUCGCUCUCGGGAACGAGAAUCUGUUGCCUCUUUUGAUUGACCUUGUGGGACUUGGUAUAAGUCGCUUAAUUUGCAUGAUGGUGAGGUUAGUCUGUAGAAAUUUUCCUUCGCACUCAAUGGUCGAGAGUCGACCACGUGACGCGAUAGUGUCUGCCGCAGAGGUUUUAUAUCAGUGCAUAGAGCCCACUAAUUUUAGACUGCUUUGCAGACUUUCAAUAUUUAUGAUCGACAACUUCGCUGAAUACAUAAUUAUAGUAUUUACCAAGAGCAUGAAUAUAAAUUGCCUGCAAAGCAAGCUAGCUGAAUUUUGCUUGCUUUAGAAAAUGUCGUUGUUGAAUAAUACUAGAUAACAACGAAGAUCUCGGGCAUUUUGCUUUGAUAGUUGCCCUUGGAAACUACACCAGAUUUUCAUCAAAACUUCAUAGGUUUUCCAUUUGUUCUUCAGAACAUUCAGUUUCCAUGGGCAGCUAUCACUUCAUAAUGCUCUCGUGAUUCAACUUCUCUAUUGUUUAAAAAAAAGAUCACAUUGUCCUAAAGAAGUUUGGUGUUAAUCAUGAAGAUCAAAAGUGAACAAUUGAUAGCUUUUCAAAAGUGCUAGAUUUUUAGUAACAAAUGUACGGGAAUGUGGAAAAAUGCGGACGCAACCAGCAUUCUAUACAUUUCUUCAGAAAUUCUAACAUUUUUUAAAGCCAGUAAAUCGUUCGUUGUUGAUGUGAUUCAAAAACAAUUUUGAUAUAUAGUCUUCUUUCACCAUCAUACCAUUUAAGGGAAUUGUAACCAGUCUCUCACGGCACGAAGUCAGGCGAUCUAUUUGACGCAUCAUGUCACAAGGUCUGUCAAAUUUAUGCUUUUUCUCUUUCUGAUUUAAUGUUGAAUGUUUUCACUCUGUUAGCAUAUUUACUGUUCGUAGUCGUGGUUAUAGGCAUCCUCCUUCACAGGAGACUCGGUACUUCCUGUGUUGCUUGAUUGGCAACCAAGCAAGCAAGAAUAGUAUCGAGGCCAGUCCUCUCCUCUUCCUCUACUUGCUAAAGGAAGCACGACACGAGUUUCCUGCGAUGAACUAGGAAAAUAUUCAAGAGAAAAUCAUUUUGUACCGUUACAUUCUAUCAGUAUAUUGGUCUUUAAGUAAUGGGCUAAUCAACUGUAAUCAAGAGAUAGAGAAUUAUUUUCUGCAGUCCAAAUCUAUCAAUACUAUUAAACAGCUUAUAAACCAAAAAAUUAUUUUGACAAAGAAUAUUUUAACUACAGUAAAACAACGUAGCGAAUUGUCCAUGAUUAGGUUUGGAGGAAACGUUUUUGACUUAAAUAGGGCAAGGACUAGUAGCUAAGUAGUGGCGAUAGCUUUAAUGUUUUUUUUGGUGCUGACGAACUGUAAUCAAAAAGAGAAUGCAGGAAAGGUCUUUUAUCAGAACAUAUGAUAACUAUAGAUACAUAAUAUUCAGUUCCUGCCUUUCUUUAAAGUGCACCUAAACCCUCAAAAAUGACAUUUUUUUUCUCAAAUUUGGGAAGUUUCUAAGAGCUUUGGCGAGAAAAUGACUCAAUCUCAUUCAAUUCCUGAUUUUGUGCAAAUGUUUUAAGGUGGAUUUCGGAUGGAGAGCUUCGAAAGAAGUAUGGAAACGAGUGUGACGUCAACCCACACAAUAAGACAAUACCUUCUCUGAUAUUUGGUGUGUUGUUACAACCGUAAACAACACCGAUUCGGCAUUUUUAAUUCAAAAAUCUUUGAAAACUCUACUACCAACAGUGUUUACAUGASGGUUUCGCAGUAUCUGAUAGAGCGGAUUUCGUAUGAGUGGGAAACGGACGGUACUGUACUGUGACUGUAAUCGUACUGUAAUCAAA